AGGAGUUUCAUUCAUGUGUCAGGCGCACCACGAGCAGCUCUCAGCGCAUCUCACUCACUCCAGCAGCUGUAACUCCACACUUCACUCCAGCAAUGGCCAACGCAGGGCUGCAGCUCCUCGGCUACACUUUGGCUUUUCUGGGUCUCCUGGGACUCGUCGCAUCCACGGCCAUGGCCGAGUGGAAGAUGUCCUCAUACGCCGGAGACAACAUCAUCACCGCGCAGGCCAUGUAUGAGGGGCUCUGGCGCUCCUGUGUGUAUCAGAGCACCGGACAGAUGCAGUGCAAAGUCUAUGACUCCUUACUGCAGCUGCCAGGAGAGGUUCAGGCGUCUCGCGGUUUCAUGAUCACCUCCAUCUUCCUGUGCGGCGUCGGACUGCUGGUCGCUGCCGUCGGCAUGAAGUGCACCACCUGCCUGUCUGACGAAAAAGAACAGAAGAACAAAGUGGCUGUGGCUGGAGGUGUUCUCUUCAUCAUCGCAGGGAUUUGUGCUCUUGUUGCCACCAGCUGGUAUGGAGAAAACAUAAGGAAGACGUUCUUUGAUCCAUUUACUCCUACAAAUGCAAGAUAUGAGUUCGGGAAGGCUCUGUACGUGGGCUGGGGCGCUUCGGCUCUGACCCUCAUCGGUGGGAUCAUGCUCUGCUGUAACUGUGCGUGUAAACCCGCCGGGAAAUCCUACCCGCCUCCUCGUGCGGCAGGACGACCGGGAACCGACCGCGUGUGAAUGCAGUCACAAACAGCUCAUGAACACUACAGCAUCCGUCUGCUAGUGAUGUGCCAAGCAGCUUUGGCUUCCUUGAUUUAUGAAUUGUUUUAUUACCAAAACUUCUCAUGGGGUAUUAAACCACUAUAUCAGCUCUAUCAAUGUGUUUCUUUGUCGAUAUUCAAUAAAAAUGUCUUGAUAGAUAAAUUUUCUGCACUGAUGUUAUUGAAAAAAAAACAUUAUUCAGUAAUAACUCUUGGCUUAAAGCUGAAGUGUCACUGGUUUCCUGAACAUGCUCCCAGUUUGCCAUUGGUCCGUCACACUGAUAGCUCCGCCCCAAACUCAAAUCAUUGGUUGAGUUGUUAGCUAUGAUUCAAUUCAAAGAUGCAAAUUAAACUUGUGUGAAAAAUUGGAAUAUCACAUAAAACAUUUGCAAAUAAAGCACUAUUUCCAUUCCUUGUGUUCAAGAGAACAAAAUCAUCACUUACUGGUAAAUGGUGCAAAUUAUCAUUAUUAAUAAAAAGUUGCUGCAUCCGGUAAAGACUGUGACCCCCCCCCCCACACACAUAAUAAAUGAA